GCCCGGCGCGGCGCGCCGUGCCUCGCGGGCGCUUGGAGCGGCGCCUUCACCCCGAGACUCCGUGCACCUCGUCCGCGCAGAGAUUUUCAAAUACAAUGGCAGCCCCGCGGGGCAGGUCAAAAAAAAGAACAGCCACUUUGGAUCUUUCUCAGGAUAGCCUGCCUCUGAGGAGCUCUGGUAGACAGGCAAAGAAGAAAGCGACAGAGCCAGUAGAUGAGGAUGAAGAUGGCAUGUCAGAGAAGAAGUACAGAAAAUGUGAAAAGGCAGGCUGCACAGCAACGUGUCCUGUGUGCUUUGCAAGUGCUUCUGAAAGAUGUGCCAAAAAUGGCUAUACGUCACGAUGGUAUCACCUUUCCUGUGGGGAACAUUUCUGUAAUGAAUGCUUCGACCAUUACUACAGAAGCCAUAAAGAUGGAUAUGACAAAUAUACUACAUGGAAAAAAAUGUGGACCAGUAAUGGCAAGAUGGAACCUAGUCCCAAAGCAUUCAUGGCUGACCAGCAGCUCCCCUACUGGGUUCAGUGUACAAAACCUGAGUGUAGGAAGUGGAGGCAGCUCACUAAGGAGAUCCAGCUCACUCCACAAAUGGCAAAGACUUACCGAUGUGGUUUGAAACCAAAUACUACUGCCAAGCCUGAGAGCCUAGACCAUUGCUCCCUCCCUGAAGAUCUGAGAGUGUCAGAAGUUUCCAACACUUGGUGGUACUCCAUGCUCAUCCUGCCUCCUUUGCUGAAAGACAGUGUGGCAGCGCCUCUGCUCUCUGCCUACUACCCUGACUGUGUGGGCAUGAGCCCCUCCUGCACCAGUACAAACCGCACAGCCGCUACCACCACUACCUCCACCACCAACAGUGCCAGCCCAGCAACACUGGAACCCUCCAUGGUGGCUCCCUCUGCACUGGUUCCAGGCAUGAACCGGUACUUUCAGCCUUUCUACCAGCCGAAUGAGUGUGGCAAAGCCCUCUGUGUGAGGCCUGAUGUCAUGGAACUAGAUGAGCUCUAUGAGUUUCCAGAAUACUCCCGAGACCCCACCAUGUACCUGGCUUUGAGAAACCUCAUCCUCGCCCUGUGGUAUACAAACUGCAAAGAAGCCCUUACUCCUCAGAAAUGUGUUCCUCACAUUAUCGUCCGGGGCCUCGUGCGCAUUCGAUGUGUUCAAGAAGUAGAGCGAAUCCUUUAUUUCAUGACGAGGAAAGGCCUUAUCAACACAGGAGUUCUCACCGUGGGAGUCGACCAGUAUCUUCUUCCUAAAGACUACCACAAUAAAUCAGUCAUCAUUAUUGGGGCUGGUCCAGCAGGAUUAGCAGCUGCUAGGCAACUGCAUAACUUUGGAAUUAAGGUAACUGUUCUUGAAGCCAAAGAUAGAAUUGGAGGUCGAGUCUGGGAUGACAAAUCUUUUAAAGGCAUCACGGUGGGAAGAGGACCCCAGAUUGUGAAUGGCUGUAUUAAUAACCCAAUAGCACUAAUGUGUGAGCAACUUGGCAUCAGCAUGCAUAAAUUGGGAGAGAAAUGUGACUUAAUUCAGGAAGGUGGAAGGAUAACGGACCCUACUAUUGACAAGCGCAUGGACUUUCAUUUUAAUGCUCUCUUGGAUGUUGUCUCUGAGUGGAGGAAGGAUAAGACUCUGCUCCAAGAUGUCCCUUUAGGAGCGAAGAUAGAGGAGAUCUUCAAGGCUUUUGUGAAAGAGUCGGGCAUACAGUUCAGUGAACUGGAAGGACAGGUGCUUCAGUUUCAUCUCAGUAAUCUGGAGUAUGCCUGUGGCAGCAACCUCCAUCAGGUGUCUGCUCGUUCCUGGGACCACAAUGAAUUCUUUGCCCAGUUUGCUGGUGACCACACUCUACUAACUCCUGGAUACUCUGUCAUAAUUGAAAAACUGGCUGAAGGACUAGACAUUCGGCUCAGAUCUCCAGUGCAGAGCAUUGAUUAUACUGGAGAUGAAGUGCAGGUUGCCACGAUGGAUGGUGCAGGGUAUUGUGCACAAAAGGUUUUAGUCACAGUGCCACUGGCUAUACUACAGAAAGGAGCCAUCCAGUUCAAUCCACCAUUGUCAGAGAAGAAGAUGAAGGCCAUCAACAGCUUGGGUGCAGGCAUCAUUGAAAAGAUUGCUUUGCAGUUUCCAUACAGAUUUUGGGACAGUAAAGUCCAAGGGGCCGAUUUCUUUGGUCACGUUCCUCCCAGUGCCAGUCAGCGAGGGCUCUUUGCUGUGUACUAUGACAUGGAUCCCGAGAAGCAGCAGAGCGUGCUAAUGUCGGUGAUCGCAGGGGAGGCUGUAGCAUCCCUCCGGACCCUGGAUGACAAGCAGGUGCUGAAGCAGUGCAUGGCCACCCUGCGGGAGCUGUUCAAAGAACAGGAAGUCCCAGAUCCCACAAAGUACUUUGUCACUCGGUGGAGCACAGAGCCAUGGAUCCAGAUGGCUUACAGUUUUGUGAAGACAUUUGGAAGUGGUGAGGCCUACGACAUCAUAGCCGAGGAAAUACAAGGAACUAUCUUUUUUGCUGGCGAGGCAACAAAUAGGCAUUUCCCACAGACUGUUACUGGAGCAUAUUUGAGUGGUGUUCGAGAAGCAAGCAAGAUUGCAGCCUUUUAAAUAGAACUGGCCUGGACUCAGCUUCUGUGCCCCAAAUGGGAACAUGUGAGAUGCAGGUUAAACCUCUAUUUCCUAAGGUGGGGAAUAUUUCUCUGGAUAGCGAAGUUGUAAUGUUUCUAAGUGACAUGAUGAAAUGUCCUCACUUUACUACUCUGAAAGCACUGAUUCUCCAAAUCCUUCUAAGCACUUAGGUUUAAUUGCAUUUUCUAUAGGUCCAACUAGUGCUAAGUCUUCUGAAUUUUGGAAGGCAGAAUAUAACCUUGAGUUGAGACCUUGGAUUAGGAUUCUUCCGUUUGGAGAUGGCCCUUCAGAUUUGACAUUUUGUUUAGCUGUUCAGUUUAAAUCAUUAGCAAGAUAAAGCCAUGUGUUUUUCCCUCUUUCACAGUUUAUCAGUGUCUUUACCAAUGAGCCUUACUACUUUUAUACAGCUCCAACAUCGAGCUUUUCUUAAAAUUUCGGUAGAAUUUUCUUUUUGAUACAACUCUGAUGAAACUUCUAGACUACAUCAUAUUGUAUAUACUUCUUCCAAUUGGAUAUUCAAAGUAUCUUGUGGCAUUUUUAAAUCAGAAAGAAAAUUCCUUAAAAUGGAAGCUUUCGUUUCAUUUGAGCAUGUGGUAUAAAAUGUGGCCAUCAUACUACAGGUAGAGCACAUAGCUGUUCUUAAAGCCACUUGUCUUAUACUAUACUAUAAUUUUGGCAUCUACUAGCAAAGAAAACUUGAGACUAAUUUAACAACCCUUCCCCCUUGUUUAAGUAAAUGUUUGUUUCUAGGAAUACUUUUUGCAUAAUCAUGUCCAGUUUCUCCCAGGCAAGUCCGCAGAACCAUCCUUGUAAGCAUUUUAUAAGCCAUAUUAGCCUGAGAACAUAGCAUUUACUUUUUCCGUAUUUAACAAAGAAAAUAUUGGUUGCAGGGUCUUCCAGAUGCCUACUUUGCCAAGAAACCUGUUUACAGACUUUAAUAAUUCUUUAACAAGGGGGCUAAGAUAACUUUAAAGCCACGUUUUCAAAAUGUUAAGGUAUUUUUGAAAUUUAGAAUUGCUUUGUAAGCAUAAAAUCUUUAUUGAAUGCAUGUAUAGAAGUUUGAUUAUACUUCUCCCACCCCCAAUCACAGUAUAAUAGAAAGCCAGCCAAACAGCUGUGCAUUUCUGAGUUAGCAGUUAGAGCAUUGAUAGCUAAGUGGUUUAGACUCAUUGGUACUGAUUAGGAAGUGUUCUGUAUUAAAACGUUCAAAUAGCACGUUUGAAAUGGUUCACAAUAUUACUUGUUUUUGGGCACUUAAAUUUAAAUGUGAAGCCAUGCUUCAAGUAGGAGAAAACCCAAUAAAGGUGUAUUUAAUUUUUUUUCCCUGUCUCAGUGACCUACUUGGACAUUUUGUUCCUUAAGGAACCUAUGUGCUUUUGAGUUUCUCUAAAUGUUUUUUGGUCUAAAUGUUUUUUGGUGUUGUGAAUUUUACAAACUGGGCAGUCGUGAUAUAUACACCAGAAAGUGAUAUAAAUAGUCCUGAAUAGCUGGGUAUGUAAAACUGCUUAAUAAAAACCAGACUUUUUCAAAUGCUGUUUGCAUGUGCACUUACUAAGUAGGUCCACUAUCACCAAGAAUUUCCACACACCUGAAAUGAAAUGUUAACUAACUUUGAGCAGGGGCGGGGAACCUUUUCUGCCUAUCACAAGUAGACAGGAUGAGGGCAGCCAGUAAAGAAGCAUGUCCCCAUCUUGUACCAAAUGGCCUAUGGCAAGUUAAGUUAAUAUCACAUAUAAGAUUUAAAACACCAUUGGUUUUUAUUAACAAGGUUUAUUCAAUUAAAAUAAAAGGCCAAUUUUUAGGGCUGUUGUUUAUUCUGUUCACUUUGUUUUAAUCAAGUAUACCUUUCCCUAAUGUCAUAUAUGUGUCUAUGAAAUAUACUUUUCAUGUAGUUCUUAUUAUGUAAAUGUUUUUAAGCAUUCAAAUUUUACAUCAAAUAUUUGUCAUAAGCAGCAUAUUAAAAUUUAAAGAGUAACUUAAAAGACAAAAUUCUUUUAAAUUUGGGGUAGUCCAUAUUUUUCACUUAGAAUCCUGAUUGGCUGAAAUUUAAAACCUGUUACCAGCUUUUGCGUUAACAGCCCUGAUUCCACAAAUCGUAAAUUUCUCCAUUAAAAAUAUUAAAAACUUGAGAAAUACUAUUGUCCAUACAUUUUCUGGCAUUACACCUGGUACUUUUAUCAUAAUUACAAAGGUGGUCAAAAGCA